AUGUCUGUUAAUAAUAAAUAUGAAAGUCCUUUAACAUCUCGAUAUGCUUCACCAGAAAUGGCGGCGCUUUUUUCUCCAGCUAAUCGUUGUUACAUUUGGAGAAAACUUUGGUUGAAAUUAGCUAUAGCUGAAAAAGAGUUGGGCAUACCUGGCAUUACUGAAGAUGCCAUUCAAGAAAUGGAAGAACACUUGACUUUAACCGAAGAAGAUUUUAAAGUAGCAGCAAUAGAAGAGAAAAAACGUCGUCAUGAUGUUAUGGCACAUGUUCAUACAUUUGGUUUAGUUGCACCAAAAGCAGCUGGAGUGAUUCAUUUGGGAGCAACAAGUUGCUAUGUAACAGAUAAUGGAGAUUUAAUUAUUUUACGUAAUGGGUUAGAAUUGUUGAUAAAUAAGUUAGUUGUGGUGAUUGAUCGUUUGAGUAGAUUUGCUGAUACCUAUAAAGGUUUACCAACUUUGGGUUUUACUCAUUUUCAACCAGCUCAAUUAACCACUGUUGGUAAAAGAACUACACUUUGGCUUCAGGAAUUACUUUGGGAUUUAAGGAAUUUUGAACGUGCAAAAAAUGAUAUCGCAUUUCGUGGUGUUAAAGGUACUACAGGAACACAAGCAUCAUUUUUAGCAUUAUUUGAAGGUGACCAUGACAAGGUAGAAGAACUUGAUAGACGAGUUACUGAAUUAUUAGAUUUUAAAGAAGCAUAUCCAGUAACAGGACAAACAUAUUCGCGUAAAGUUGAUGUGGAUAUUUUGAAUGCGAUUAGUUCAUUUGGAUCAACAGCUCAUAAAAUAGCUACAGAUAUUAGGCUGUAG